AAUUGGACCAUGUAACAUGUCAAAGUCUACUAAACUUAGAGUUCUACAAAUUUCGAAUUGGCAUAAUUUCCAAAUCCACCUCUCAAAUAAGAGGUAGGAACAAAUCCUCCCAAGGACAAAUUGUUUCACCAAAUUAUUGAUCAAAACAACACCAAUUAUUUAACAUAUGAUGUUAUCGCAACGCACACUUUCUCAUCUGCUAUUUCCCCAUGCCUUCCUUCUGUUUUGGCAACACUUGCUCCUCUAUUUCUCAAAGAUUUCCUUCUAUUUCGGCUUCCAUUCCUCCUAUGGUGGUUCGACCGCCCACGCCCAUCAUCAACGUGGAUGGUUUCUUGGACCCUUUCUAGCAGACAUUAUAUACAAAAUUCUGAAGAAGACCCAAAGCUGCGAUUCAAUCCUUCCCUUUGUGUUUUGUGAUUUCUUCUUAACGUCUGAGCUUGCAUUUUGUUACAUUAGAUUUCAUCUGGAGUGUUUUCAAUUACUAGCUGUUACAAUUUUUUUUGGAUCAAACCUCCACACAUGAGCUGGCAUGGUAUUGUUAUUUGGUCCAGUAGCUGUUUUCUACACUAUAGCUUCAUUAUGUUUCAAGGUCUUCCAAGCUUCCUAAGGUGCUCUUUUAGAUGUUUAAUGUUCUUUUGGUGGAAUAGAGGAGGAGAACUGCAAGUAUUUGGUUUUUUGGCUGUCAGUUUCCAAAGUGUGUAUGAGAAGACAUGCUUGCAAGCCUUAACAUUUUCAAGGGUCCAAAAGUGUGCCAUAGGGAUUGGAGUGGGGUGCAGAAGCAUUGUAAAGGGAGGUCACUGCUCUUAAAAAGAAGGUAUUUUGCUCCUUUCAGUCAUGCAAGGUUUGGAUGUUGGAUGAAUCCAUUGAGUUCCUUAAAUCACUUCAGUUGCAAGUUCAGAUGGGAAGAUUUUAUGGAGGAGAUUGAUCUUUGUUGAGCACGAAGCCUUUUAAAGAUGUAAUGUCUAUGACAAUUUUUCUCCCCUCAAAUUCUGUACUUAUUUUUAUUUCUCCUCAAUUUGAUUAGUUUCUCAUAUUUAUGAUAUGGUUUGAUAAAGAAAGAAUAAGGAAUUGCCAAGGACACACAAGUUUAUGUUGGUGCCUGAUCUCCACCUAUUCCUGGAUGAUGAUUCUUGAUGUUUUCAAAUAUGGAGUUAGGUGAGCUGAUGCCUCUUGUUGCCACCGUUUACUCUUUGGUCCCAUGUGUAUCCAGAGAAGUUUAUCUUAUUUUGUCUAAGCAAAUUCUUACUUUGAUUCUCAUUAUUAUUUUUUGUUAAUGUUGUGUGUGUGUAUAGAUAUUCUCAUUAUGUGGAUGUAUGCAUGUGUGUGUGUGUGUGUGCCCUGUUGAAUUUUCAAAAUAUAUUGACUGAUGCCUUCAAUUGUGUUAACUGUUGAAUUUUGGUCGGUUUUUUCUUGUUCAGUUUAAGGCAUCUAAUGGGCAACAUGUCCUAUUUUGUUGGGAUAAACCUCUUCCCAAUUUUGUUAAACUUAAUAUUGAUGGUGUUGCUUUAGGCAUACCUAGACCUGCUGUUGUGGGAGGGACCUUUAGGGAUCCUAAUGACAAUUGGAUUAUGGGGUAUUCCAGGCAUAUAGGCAUUAUUAAUAGCUUAAGUGUUAAGCAUUAGACCAUAUAGGAUGGCCUCUAACUAGCUGUUGCUAGGGUGUUUUCAAAGAUUAUCAUUGAGCGACUCCUUUUCUAUGCCAUUCAAUUACUAUUUGCCAAUGUUUCUGAUUCCCAUUCAUUAAGUACUUUGAUCUUGGAUAGCAGAGAACUUUCGUUCUUGUGUGCAUAACUUAUUAAAAAUAUCAAAAACAUGCUAAAAAUCUACAAAUUACAUGAAGUAUAAACAUGGUAAGAAUGACAGAAAUCUGAAUUUUACCUGAACAAGCCUUGCAACCAAAACCUCGUCCUAUCUUGCUUAUAAUGAAGUUAGAUCCUGACAAAAUCAACCACGGAAAUGAGGGGGUAAGAAGGCUGGGUUCUCAUCGGAAGUGAAAAUCGGAGGCUCUAAGACUGAGUAAUUGAAUUUGUAAACAUAAAGCAGAAUAAAGUGGGUAAAGUGGC